UAACCGUAAAAGUUAAAACACACAACAAAAAGAAAUAAAUUUUUAAGCAAACGACGACACACCAAAACUCUGCCGCUAAUUAAUUAAACAAGUGGUAAGCGCAAUGAGCAGUCAAGGGCAUCACAAGAUGCACGGAUGUGGCGGCGGCAGCCUGGCAACACUGGCCAGCGUUAAAAGCAAUACAGACUCCCCCACGGAAUACACAGACGAAAUCGACCUGGGCGAUCGCUUCUCAGCGGACAUUGCCCGCCUCUGCAUGAACGAUCGCUAUGCGGAUGUUGAGUUCAUUGUCGAGGAGCAACGCUUGCCGGCGCAUCGCGCCAUUCUCGCCGCACGCAGCAAAUACUUUCGAGCGUUACUGUACGGCGGCAUGUCGGAGGGAACACAACGGCAAAUUUCGUUAGAAGUGCCACUGGUUCCGUUUAAGGUGCUAUUGCGCUACAUCUACUCGGGCAUCCUCAAGCUGGCCACGUUGGAUGAGGACGCCGUCAUCGAUGCCUUGGGCAUGGCCAAUCAAUUCGGCUUUCAGGACCUGGAAAUGGCCAUUUCCAAAUAUUUGCGUCAGUAUCUGGCAUUGAAUAACGUCUGCAUGAUACUGGACGCAGCACGUCUUUACAAUCUCGAUGAGCUAACGCAAGUGUGCCUCAUGUUCAUGGACCGGAAUGCAGCGGAUCUCCUACAGCAUGAUACCUUUAAGAUGCUCUCAAGGGAAUCGCUGGAGGAAGUGCUGCGCCGUGAUUGCUUCUUUGCGCCAGAGGUGCAAAUUUUUUUGGCUGUGUGGAAAUGGAGUCGCUAUAAUCCCGAUGUUGAUAUCAAAACCGUUGUCUCCUUUGUCCGACUGCCGUUGAUGAAUCUCGAGCAUCUGCUGCAAGUGGUGCGCCCAUCCGGCAUCCUCGAACCGGACAAAAUUCUUGACGCCAUCGACGAGCGGAGCACAUCGAAAACGCUGCCAUAUCGUGCAGCUCUCUGGCCGGAGGAGAAUGUGGCCACCGCCAAGUAUUCAUCGCGUUGCAUUCAAGGCGAAUGCCGUUCCUCACUGUUGGAUGGGGAUGUUACCUCGUACGACAUGGAGCACGGCUACACGCGCCACUGCAUUACGGACAGCAAUGAUGCCGGCAUUGUGAUCGAACUGGGCACAAUGUGCAUGAUCAAUCAUCUGCGCAUGCUGCUCUGGGAUCGCGAUAGUCGCGCUUACUCCUACUUCGUGGAGGUCUCUGGCAAUCAACAGCACUGGGAGCGCGUCAUUGACUACAGUGAAUACCAUUGCCGCUCCUGGCAAUAUCUGUACUUUGAGGCACGCCCAGUGCGCUUCAUACGCCUCGUGGGCACCCAGAACACGGUCAAUCGGGUGUUUCAUGUGGUCGGACUGGAGGCCAUGCACACGUCAAAGGUGCCAACGAUAAUUGAUGGAUUUGUCGCGCCCAAAGCAAACGUGGCCACCACUGAGAUGAGCGCAAUUGUUACCGAUGGCGUCAGUCGCACACGGAAUGCAUUGAUUAAUGGCGAUCAUGCGCACUAUGACUGGGACUCGGGUUAUACGUGCCAUCAGCUCGGCAGCGGUGAGAUUGUUGUGCGUCUGGGCCAGCCGUACUAUGUGGGCUCGAUGCGUCUGCUCUUAUGGGACUGUGACGAUCGCACCUACAGCUUCUACAUUGAGACCUCGACGAAUCGCAAAAACUGGCAAAUGGUGGUUGACAAGCGCAAUGAGAAGGCGCGCUCCUGGCAGAACUUUCACUUUUCCCCGCGCCCCAUUGUCUUCAUACGCAUUGUGGGCACGCGGAACACGGCAAAUGAGAUAUUUCACUGUGUUCAUCUCGAGUGCCCCACGCAGGACAAGAACUACCUCAAGAAGGUCGCUGAACAGCUGAAGGAGCGCAAUCGUAUCCAAUCGCAGGAGGAAGCGCAGGAGGAGCAGCUGGUCAAAGAGAACGAUGACAUUGCGUCUACAUCGCGUGCAGCAACUGCACUCUCCUUAGCUGAUGUCGUUUUUCCAGCAGCCAGCUCCAGCAGCCCUCCACGCUGGUCACUCAAUUCAAUUGCGCCGCCCAACACCGAUGCUGAUGCUGAUGCGGACGUGAUGCUGCUAGAGAAACCGGGUACGCCAGCAGCUGGUUCAGCUUCCACAACGCCUUCGACAACACCAACGCCAACCCGAUCGCCUGCGCCGUCCGCCGAGACAUUGUCAACACCUGCAUCCCCUCAGCGACAGCGUGAUAGGCAGCGGGAGCGGGAGGUGGACGAACUGGCUGCGCUGCUGGACCUAAAUAUUGAAGCGGAGAAGCCGUUGCCGCAUCCCGCUGAAGGCUAAAAUGUGCACCUCAAAAAUCAAAAACCUUUCUUGCACUUGAACCUUUUUUUUGUAUACAUUUUAUGUAUAUGUCGCAACUCGAAAUACUCCUGUGGUCAAAUGCGCUGCUACUUAAAUUUGUAGAUGCAAACACGAUGCGAUAAGACAAUACUUUGAAAUAUGUAUGUAUUUGUUGUUUGCCAGUCAGCGUAAUUAACUUAUAAGCAAUAUCUUUAUUUCUACUUAUACUUUAUACUUAAAGUAUGUACAUAUACUAAUAUAAUAAUCAACAUGCUCGGAUAUCAUCUAUAUCCAGCAGCCCAGCCGAGAACGAAGCAAAUCGCAUCAAUCGAAUCCCAAUGUCACGUGUCCUUAUCAAUGUUUGUACAAAUAUUUAAUUAUCUUUAAUUAACCGGUCUUAACUUUAAGAUUUUGUUGAUGCUGUUCAGUUGAUACGCUGUGCAUUGCAUAUUGCGUUCAUAUCCAAAAUGUUUGCCACUUGUUUAACCCGUAAAGUUAAUUUACUAAUACACACACACACACAUCUUUGUUACAUGUAAUACACUUAAUAAACUGAUAAUAUGCA